CUUUACAGUAGCCAUGUGGGGGAAAAUGAGUUUAUUUUUAUACACAAUUCAAGCAUGAACGGGGAUGAACGGCCUGUUAUCUUUGUGUUGAUAUAAACAGUUCACGUGUUGGCGGACUUAUUAAAAUUUAUAGAAUCACAAUAUUUAUUUAAACUACUUAUUUAUUAAGUCAUUUAUUUGAAAAGGUGUAUUUUCACGUGUUUGUUGUUGUUCAACUUGUUGUUAAGCUUGAUAAAUUGUAUAAUUUAUACAACUAAAAUAAGAUAUAUUUUCUAGUGAAAAUAUUAAUUAAUUUAUAAAAAAUGGGUGCUGAAGAGUAUGAUGUUGUGGCAGCAGACGGUGCCAAGCCCGGUUCAACAAGUUCAACCGGAGGUGAAGACGAUGCGAUUAAUCUCAAACCAAAAAUCUCCCUUCUUAAUGGAGUUACUAUAAUUGUGGGAUCAAUCAUUGGUUCUGGUAUAUUUGUUAGUCCAAAAGGAGUUUUAGAAAAUGCCGGAAGUGUAGGACUGUCUUUGAUAAUAUGGGUAAUGUGCGGGUUAUUUUCAAUGAUUGGAGCGUAUUGUUAUGCAGAACUUGGUACCUCAAUUAUGAAAUCUGGAGCAGACUAUGCAUAUAUUUAUGAAGCUUACGGACCAUUUCUUGCGUUUUUAAGACUGUGGGUAGAGUGUAUGAUUGUGAGACCUUGUUCACAGGCGAUUGUUGCAUUGACUUUCUCAUACUAUGUGAUAGAGCCGUUGUUUCCUGAUUGUGAGCAGCCAGAUAUUGCUGUCAGGUUAUUGGCUGUUGUUUGUAUAUUAAUUUUAACGUUUAUCAACUGUUACGAUGUAAAGUGGGCAACGCGUGUCCAGGACAUUUUCACAUACGCCAAGUUGCUGGCAUUAGCCCUCAUUAUCAUAACUGGGAUUGUACAGCUAUGUAGAGGAGAGACGGAGAACUUCAAUGAUCCGUUUGAAUAUACAGAAACCAACAUUGCAAAAGCUACACUAGGCUUCUAUUCGGGGCUGUUUGCUUACAAUGGAUGGAACUAUCUUAACUAUGUGAUAGAAGAACUUCAAGACCCAGUCAAGUAAGUUUUGUUCAAGUUGAAAGAUCGGGUAACAUCUGUUCUCUGCUGUAUCCCAGGUUUUGGAUCAUUAGCAUGCCUAUUUAAGAAAGCCAGCUGUCUUAAUUCGUCCACCAGUCAAG